AUGUCGGUCCCUGACCUCGCCGCCUUCCAAUUAAUAGCAACACUCUCGACAUCUGGGAAGAUCGAGCAACUCCCAUCCGCGGCCUUGAGCGUUUCGCAGAGAUUUACGGGCCCCAUUUAUCAAAUUACCUUGAACGGGAAGAGACGCAUCGUUUGCAGCUCCGGGGCCCUUCUUGAGAAUCUGGUUGACGAGAGACGCUUCGUCAAGGUUCCACCUGCUACCAACUCGGAAAGACCAGGCCCCAAGGGGCUGCUCACGGCCUGCAAUGAAGAUCCAGACUGGGGUCAGGGCCACCAAAUCCUGAUGCCAGCCUUUGCCCCUUUACCUGUCUUGGAAAUGUUCACCAAUAUGAAAGACAUCGCAAAUCAGCUGAUCCUAACCUGGGCCAGGAAAGGACCGGAAAAUAAGAUUUUGGCCACAGAAGAUUUCACUAGGUUGACGCUGGACACGAUCGCUCUUUGCACAAUGAGCUACCGCUUCAACUCCUUUUACCAGGAAUCGAUGCACCCAUUUGUACAAGCGAUGAACUUCCUUUUCACGGAAAACACCGCAAGAUCAAGCAGGCCCUCCUUCGUCUAA